AUGAAGGCUCCCCUGCUGCUGCUGGUUGUGACUGUCUGGUUAAAUGUUCAGUACGGAGACUGUGCUCUGUCUUCAUGCUCCCAUCCUCCGUCACAGUGGUGCUCAUCUCUGGACUCAGCCAUCCAGUGCGGGGUUUUGAAGCAGUGCCUUGAGUCUAACUUCACCAGGUCCCGUCAGACAGCCGAUCCAGUGGAGGUGGGGCUCUACUAUGAGAGUCUGUGUCCCGGCUGCAGACAGUUUCUCGUUGAGAUGCUCGUCCCAACCUGGUUCUUGUUGGGUGACAUCAUGUCUGUUACUCUGGUGCCCUACGGCAAUGCACAGGAGAAACCUGAUGGAGAGAAGUUUACUUACGAGUGCCAGCAUGGAGAACCGGAAUGUCUGGGCAACAUGAUUGAGACUUGUCUAAUGAACCUGACAGACGCUUCUUACAUGACCAUCUUCUGUAUGGAAUCCUCCAAUGAUGUCGUCAAGGCAGCCCAGAGCUGCCUGGAACUCUACACCACUGAGUUGAGCUGGGACCGCGUCAUGAGUUGUGUGAAAGGGGACGAGGGAAACAAGCUGAUGCAUCAGAAUGCCUUGAUGACCGAAGCCCUGAAACCCCCCCAUCAAUAUGUGCCCUGGGUGACCAUUAAUGGGGAGCACACAGAAGAUCUGCAGGACAAAGCCCUCAAUGCUCUCUUGCCUCUGAUCUGCAGCUUGUACAAGGGCACCAAGCCUGCGGCCUGUGGAGGGGGCAGCCAGAGACACUACAGAAGCUACUGCAACAAAGAGUGAAGGAGCAGCACUGCACAUGCUCGCUCCGUUCCAGGUGUGGCCACUAAAUAAGGAUCACUGUGGAGUGUCUUCAAAUAUUUUUUUAUCUGUGAUUUUGCUGCAUCUUUUAAAGGGAAAAAAAAAAUCGACUCACUUUAUAAUUCAACGAAUAUGAAUACAAUUUACUUUCUAAAAA